AUGAUACCAAGGCGUUCACUGUGUCUUCUGCUCUUCCUCAAUUUGAUAUUGUUAUCAGAAGCAGCUCAUAAGUGUGUUUGGGUGACUGGUGUCUUGAAAUGUCGCAAAAACCCUCGAAACCAUGCCAAUGUUGAGGUCAGAGCUUAUGACAAAGACGGAGUGUCAAUUCUACAGGCAAUUGAUCCUGAUGAUAUCAUGGGGUAGGGUUACUGUAAUUUUUAUUGGGAAGGAGCUGAAGGUUGGGUGAUUUAAAGUUGAGUAACGUCAGGCUGGGGUAUGUUAAGGUUGGGGUAGGGAGAGAAAAAGCAAUUUAUGGUCGGGCAGGGUACGGUAGGACGAGUUAGAGUAAGGUAGAUCAAGCUUGAGCAGAGUAGGGCAGCUAGGGCAAGAUAAACAAGUUAUGGCGGGGUAGGAUGGGGCAGGGUAGGAUAGGGUAGAGUAAGGUAGGGUAGGGUAGGGUAGGGUAGGGUAGGGUAGGGUAGGGUAGGGUAGGGUAGGGUAGGGUAGGGUAGGGUAGGGUAGGGUAGGGUAGGGUAGGGUAGGGUAGGGUAGGGUAGGGUAGGGUAGGGUAGGGUAGGGUAGGGUAGGGUAGGGUAGGGUAGGGUAGGGUAGGGUAGGGUAGGGUAGGGUAGGGUAGGGUAGGGUAGGGUAGGGCAGGGUGGGGUAGGAUGCGAUAGUGUAAAAUACGGUAGAUUGUCGUAGUAUUUGUUUUUUAAAUUUUCAGUGUGACCUUCACUGACGAAGACGGUACCUUCAAGCUCGACGGUUGUGGUGACGACUUUGACUGGAUCCCAGGAGUACCAAACGUACCAGAGCCCUACCUUCAGAUCCGCCACUUCUGUAACAGCGAGAAGGGCGAGACGAUUCGUCUGCCAGAAUUCGACGUCUUUGUGCCAGAUACCUACGAUGUGGGAAUUCUGGAGCUGGAUGAGACCGCCACGAGCACGGUGAAUCCCAAGUUUCAGAAGUCGGAUUCACCGCUGAUUAAGAUGGAGAUCCCGGUGGAGUUGAAUGAUGACGAUGACACGGUUGUCACUCAACCUGACAAGGCCAUUCAUAUUGAAUAA